AAUCCAGUCCCAUGUUUAAAUGUGGCGCUCAGUGCGUCACCGCGGCGCGCCUGGGCUCCAUCAGACGCGUUUAGUUGAGGUGGAGGAGAGCGGCGCGCGCCUGCACUGUCAAGUGGACGGAUGUGCAGCGAUGCCCUUGCAAAUGAAAGCUCCUGUGAAGGUUUCGGAAGAGCAAAGUCGGUGAUUUCUUCUCAAUGGAGGAACAAUAGAGAGGACGAGUUCGCAGCGUUUGUGAGAAUAAGACCUGAGGGUGGUAGCGCGCUUUAUGGCAGCGGCCUGCGGGUUGUCGGGAGAAGCCGGGGGCUGGAUUUGACAUGUCGCAGAAAUGUACUGUGUUAUUUAUGGUCAGAAGUUGAUGCCAGAGCUGGCGGAGCUUCACCUUUACUUCUACCCAUUCCAUCUGAUCGAUGCCUGCUUCCUGUACGGAGGCACUGAAAUCUGAAAUCUGGAGUUCCAUCUUCCCUUGCUAUCUUUUCUCUCCUCGCUCAUCUCAUACCAUCCCAUCCACCCUGUGUAUCCAGCUGCUUUUUAUUCCUUUUCCCUCAGUCUCUCCUCUCCCCUUUCCAUCUACCUCCUCAACCUGGAAUUAUUUUUGCAAAGUCUUCUCCAUCAUGGCUUGCUUUGGGCGGUCUCUGGAUUCCCCGUGCACAUUAGCCUUGCUGAUAGGCUUUCAGUUUGCCUUUGUGCUCUAUUUCUCCCUUGGGGGCUUCAGAGGUCUGGUUUCUGUCCUGGUGCACACCACAGAGCCAGAGUUUGAUUACUCUCGACCUCAUGACGUCUACACCAACCUCAGUCACCUCGGAGUACCGCCUCCCCCACCUCGGAACUCUGGCGCUGGGCCUCCAGCUUCAGGACAACCGUUGAGAGACUGCCCCAUUAUCUCCCCCCUGCUGGUUGGCCCAGUAUCUGUCCAUCUUUCCUCUCCCCUGUCUUUGGAGGAGAUCCGACAGAGGAACCCUUUAGUGUUACCCGGCGGACGUUAUCGGCCUCCAGACUGUGAACCGCGUCACCACACAGCAAUAGUGGUACCGUUUCGAAACCGACUAAGCCACCUCCGCUCCUUGCUGUACCACCUGCACCCUUUCCUGCAAAGACAGCAGAUACACUACAGCAUCUACAUUGUUCAACAGUGGGGAAACGGCACUUUCAACCGAGCAAAGCUGCUUAACGUCGGCGUGCGAGAAGCUCUUAAAGAUGAAGACUGGAGCUGCAUUUUCCUUCAUGAUGUCGACUUGUUGCCUGAGAACGACCACAACACCUACACCUGUCACAAACAGUUUCCCACACACCUGUCUGUGGCCAUGGACAAGUUCAGAUACAGGCUGCCAUACCCUCAGUAUUUCGGUGGCGUGUCUGCAGUAACACCAGAUCAGUAUAUGAAGAUAAAUGGUUUCCCCAACCAAUACUGGGGCUGGGGGGGAGAAGAUGAUGACAUCGCUGCCAGAGUGCGGUUGUCCGGUAUGAAGAUUGUGCGCCCUCCAGUGGCUAUCGGCCAUUAUAAGAUGAUCAAGCAUAAAGGAGACAAAGGCAAUGAGCAAAAUCCACGCAGAUUCGACCUCCUGAAAAAGACAAGACUCAACUGGCACUCUGACGGCAUCAACUCGUUGACUUACGAGCUGCUUUCCAAAGAGCUGGAGCCGCUCUACACCAACCUAACCGUCAACAUAGGGGAGGACCCCCGACUGAUCCAGGGUAAAGCUCAUAGUGCUGUUAAAGCGACGCCUGUCCAACAACGUAGCUCCAGCAAGGACAGAGCCCCUGCUAAAGAAGAGAAAAGUCUAAAGGAAGCUGUGAUGCGAAAUAACAUUUUGGUCAAGCCGUCUGGUGAGAAGACUGGGCCUAUCCUGACAAAGACCGCAAAUGCAACCACACAGGAAAAGUCAGGAGUGAUGAAAUAAAAGAUGUUGAUUGAGAAAUAAUUUCACUCGUAGCAUAAAGUGGCUUCCUUCUUCAUUUUGAUCUGACAGACAAAAUGAUGGUAAGCAGCACUGAUCUAUUGUAUUAAGGGUAGUUAUGCUGUGGAUCACAAACACAAAGCCUGAUUUGUUUACUGAUGUGCAUUCAGGACUGUUAAACCCCUUUUUGUUGGGUUAUCGGCAGAAAGUGACGCUUAACACUGGCAAUGAAAACUAUAGGACGAGAAAUAGAUACAAAAAAAACCACCAAAAAACUGGUUGGACCAAAGGAAAGGCCUCACAAGCUGACUUAAAAUGAGAUGGCAACAUACACAGACUUUGUAGACUGGACCCGCAAGUUGCAAGCAACUCAUCUGCAGAGCUGCAGCUUCAUUCAUCCCCUCCUAUGAAAAAAGAAAAGCUGCUGCUCUCCAUCCACCUCUCUCUGCGGUGGGUUUGUGUUUCUGUGCCUUCUCUCUUUUAUGCGCAUUUUAUAUACUGAUAGAGAUGCUUUUAGGGACUAAGAUAGAGUACUGUAUGGUUGGCUUCUCCUGCCAUUUGGGAGGAUAAAGCUGAUUCUGGACAACAGCAAAGCCCUGCUGGUUUUAUAUAUUUGCUUGCAUCGAAUCAAUCACUGUCCAACUCGGUAGUUUCUGGAAUAUCCUAGAGUUUAUAUUUAUAUAACUAUAUAUAGAGAGACAUAUUUAUUUGUGUACUCCCGAAGUUUUAAUGUCCUUCAUUACAGUCUGGUGCCUCUCUCUAUGACGUUUAGUUUAGAGACAAUCAAAUUAAUUGGGAGUGUAAACUGUAUCCAAACACAUAAAAACUAUGUGGCAUGAUAGUUGUUGUCUAGUUCGACUAUAUUGAUACACUAAUAGAAUUGUGUUUUUGCUGUUACCAGUUUUUUUUUUUUUAUUUGAAUAAUUUCAUUUUAGAUAAGGCAGGAGUAAAAAUAACAGGGCUGCUGCUUGCAGAAAGUAACAUUAUGUACACAACAAGAAUAAUGUCAAGCUAGUGUUCUAAAGUGAUUAUGGUGACAAAGCACUGUGCGGAGAAUUAGCUAAGAACAAAUGUUUGCCUCUCUCUGUCUGUUUAAUUUGCUAUUAUAAAGCUUUAGUGACUUAGGCAAGAAGGAUUAAUCUGUGUGAAUUUUUUUUUUUAUGUGAAAAUUCUGACAGCUGUCUGAUCAGGACAUGCAUGUAGGUUAUGUACUUGUAAAGGCUAUCAGCAGCUUCAUUUCUUUUUGUAUCAUAUCAGCCAUUCUGAAUGUACUUUUUAGUGUUUAUUCUAUUUUACGUUUUUCAAAAGGAGAGUCAAGUUACAGUGCCUUGCAGAAGUAUUCAUGCUCUUUAAACUUUUUUACAUUCUGACAUAUUACAACGAUAAACUUCAGAGUAUAUUGUUUGGACUUGAUGUUAUAGAGGAACAACAGUAGUGCAUAGUUUUGAGAAAGAGAAAUGAGACAGAUUUUGCUGUUGUUAUUUUACCAGAUUAAAAACAAUAGCAGAAGUGUGGUCUGCAUUUGUAUUCAGAGUAGGACUGAAACAAUCAGAUUAAUCAUGACUAAUCGAUUGUUAAAAUAAUCGUAAACUAAUUUAGUAAUCGAAUAAUCGUUAACUGGAGUAUAGAGACUCUAAAACAUGGAUUACCUGACAGAUCGACUCACUUAGAGCAGUAAUGAU